AUGCUGGUCCCCUCACUAUUCGGACUCUCAGUCCUCGCCGCCAUCACAUCUGCCCUCCCAGGGGGUGUGAGCCCCAGAUCUUCGCCAUCCCCGACAGUUACUGUUAGGAACGGGACAUACAUCGGAAAGCACAAUGCCCAUUAUAAGCAAGACCUAUUCUUGGGCAUUCCCUACGCCCAACAGCCCGUCGGCAAUCUGCGCUUUGCCAUUCCACACUCUCUGAAUGAGACUUGGUCUGAGCCGAGAGAUGCAAAGGAAUAUUCCGAUAUCUGCGUUGGAUACGGGACCGACUCAAUCUGGUACCCGCAAUCGGAAGCAUGUCUGACCUUGAAUGUCAUUCGCGACUCAUCAGUCGACGAAACCUCCUCUCUCCCAGUAGGCGUCUGGAUCCAUGGCGGUGGCUUCUAUCAGGGCUCCGGAGCAGACCAGCGGUAUAACACGUCUGCUAUCGUUGCGAAUGCGCAGAGAAUCGGCAAACCCUUUAUCGCAGUGACAAUUAACUACCGCCUCUCAACCUGGGGAUUCCUCAACUCAGCCGAGAUCAGGGAAGCCGGCGCCACGAAUCUGGGUCUGCGCGACCAACGUCUCGCCCUGCACUGGAUCCAAGAGAACAUAGCCUCCUUCGGCGGUGACCCGAAGAAGGUCACAAUCUGGGGUGAGUCCGCUGGAGGAAUGUCAGUGGGCAACCAGCUCAUCGCCUACGGCGGCCGAGACGACGGCCUCUUCCGAGCUGGAAUUAUGGAGUCCGGCGGCUCGAUCGCCGCUAGCCCCGGGAAUACAACGGCCUACCAGUCACAGUAUGAUGACAUUGUUGCCAAGGCUGGAUGUGCUACUGCCAGUGAUACGCUGCAGUGUCUCCGCGAAGUCCCCUUUGAGUCCUUGAACGCUAUCUUCAACACCACGACGGGAGAUCCAGCGUAUUCCUUCGGGCCUACAGUUGAUGGAGACUUUCUACGCGAGUGGGGGAGUGUCCAGCUCGACAAGGGCGAGUUCGUCAAGGUUCCCAUCAUUUCGGGAACCAACACCGACGAGGGCGCGUCGUUUGGUCCCACGGGAAUCAAUACUACACAGCAGUUCUAUAACUACCUUACAGGCGGCGCAUCUGGCUACCGAUACCCCCCGGCAAUCGCGAAAGAAAUCCUAGACCUCUACCCCGACGACCCUUCAAAAGGUAUCCCCGAGUUUCUCGGCAAUCAGCGCAUUCCCUCAAAGGGCUGGCAGUGGCGCCGCACGUCCGCCUACGCAGGCGACUACAGCAUGCACGCAAAUCGCCGGCGGCAGACCGAAGUCUGGGCUGAGCACGGCAUCCCUGCAUACGCGUACCGCUUUAACAUGCGCAGCGGUAAUGCGGACUGGAUUGGUGGUGCGCAGCAUUUCGAGGAAGUGGCUUUUGUGUUUAAGAAUUUUGAGGGACUGGGCUAUCACUACGGUCUGCCCUUCGAGGGGAUGCCCGAGAGGUAUAAGGAGCUUAGUACGCUGAUGGCAAGCAUGUGGGCCAGUUUUAUUGUGGAUCUGGAUCCAAACUCAGGCGUUGAAAGCGAGGUGUACUGGGAGACGUAUGGAGUGAACGAGCCGGUGGAUAUUGUCUUUGACGCGAAUGUCACGGGACUUGGGUAUAUGGAGGAUGAUACAUGGAGGAAGGAGGGGAUUGACUUUUUGAACUCGAUCUCGAGAGUUCUGUGGCGGUAG